GUCGCGGCCAGGGAGCGGGCGGAGCGGGUCCACGGGUGCCGGCGGCAGGCCGAGCUCAAAGAAGAGCCUGGCAGAGGCCGGCGGGCAGAGGAGCAGGGACCUGCGGAAGACCAUCUCCAGGAUGAUCUCCAUUCAGAGGCUCUCCACUCGCAAGGCUUUGGCAGAUAUUGAGGCCGAUCAUCUUCGAGACUACCUGACCUUCCUCUACCGGAAGGCCGAGCAGCUGCUCCUCUGGGAGAAGCUCGAUGCCAAGAUCUCCAAGGCGGCGGGCGAGGAGCGGAAGCCGGUGAUCGAGCUCUGCUCCAGGGCCUCCUUCUCUCAGAUGAAGAGCCUCCGCACCAGCUGCUUCGAGAACGACGAGGAUCUGGAUCGCAGCGAGCUGGACGAGGACUUCAGCCCGGACCAGAUUACCAGCUCGGCACAGCUCCGAAGGUUCUCCAACACGGAUGCGCGGGUCAGACGUCAAAGUGCGUUUGUGAUUCAGAUGCCCCAGGAGGAACCCUUCGACGAGACAGAUGAGGUGAAGGUCCAGGAAGUUCGCGAGGUGCUGACCCGAGUGCAAGACAACCUCCGGCUGGAGGAGAUCUUUCCAGAGCCCUUGGAGCCCGAGGGUGCGCCCCGCAAGACGCCCUUGCCCAGGGCCUUGGUUGUCGCCGUCGCCGACAACAGCCCAGAGCUCGUAGGACUGCUCUUGGAGUUCAAGGCCGAUGCCUCGGCCGUCUACGAGGGGGAGAGCAACUUCAAGGGCUGGAUCAAGCCCGGAGCCUCGCUCCUGCACUCCGUGACCAACCGCAAGGGCACCAUGCUCGCGGAGCGCUUGGAGAAAGUCGAGGAGAGCUCAGCUGAGAGCGAGCACCCGCUCGAACUCCUCCAGGCAGCCGUCGCGGAGGACUGCGAUAAUGCUCCGGUGGACGAGCUCGCAGCGAGUCCUCUGGACGAGGAG